CAUCUAACGGCUGUAAAGACAAAACUAAAAUGUCAUGGCCGCCAUCAUCAUUGCGACAUAGUACGUGCAUCGUGACAAGACAUGUCAUUUAUGUUCAUGAUUUAUGAAAAAUUCCAAUGGCAGAUUCUUUCUUCGGGUUCGAUACUUCGUUCUCGAACCUAAAUGAUGACGAUGGUGGUGGAGAGCCUUCUGAGGACGAGUAUGAUGCUCUCAACGAUGAGACGUUCGGCCAGGACUCUGAGGAGUUGGACUGGGAAGUGGAACACGAGACCCUCGCGCAGCAGCUGGAGAGCAAUAGGAGAAACAACAGUGGCAUCGAUGAGACAGCCAACACUCAACUUGAGGCAUCUUUAUCGCAGCUAGUGCUGGACGACACUGACUCGCCGCAUUCCCGCGCUUUCGGCUCCUCAGUCUGGAGACAUGAUCUGUCCUUCCCAAGUGCUCCCACUCCGGUACCAGCUAUUAAAAAUGUCUGCACGGUCGAAGAGUUGGAGCGGCAGCUUCGCCAGAAGCAGAUGUCACAACAGCAGCAGGCUUUUAAUAAUCAGUCUUACUUCCAGCCAAGGUUUCCACCAGUCAUCCUGCAACGACCACCGGGCCUCCAAGCUCCAGUGCCGCUACCUUUUGCCCCUCAACAAACAAUGACACAUAAUUUAAAUCAAAUAAACCAGCCCCUCAAUAAAGUUAUCGGCCAAAAUAACCAAUUAAACCAGAUGACGCAACAAAACUUGAUGCAGAACCAUUUGAGUUCUAAUGUUAACCAGUUGGGGCAAAAUUUAAACCAACUGGGACAAAAUAUGAACCAAUCGGGCCAAAACGUCAAUCAGUUCAUGCAAAACGCGAACCAUAUUGCUAACCAGUUUCAAAACAACCAAAUGGGACAGAGCAAUAUAAUUAAUCAGUUGUCACAAAAUAUGCAGAAUGUCCAUCAAUUAUCUCAGAGCAAUAUGCAAAUGCAGAAUCAAUUAGGUCAAAAUCAAAUCAGUCAGAACCAGCUGUCCCAAAAUGUCAACCAAUUGGGACAGAAUGUUAACUUGACGCAAAAUAUGAACCAAAUGAGUCAAAAUGUCAACCAAUUAGGUCAAAGUAUGAACCAAAUGGGUCAAAGUGUCAGUCAACAAAUGAGCCACAAUGUAAACCAAAUUGGCCAGAAUGUAAACCAGAUGGGACAAAAUCUAAAUCAAAUGGGACAAAAUGUGAACCAAAUGAAUCAAAACGUAAACCAAAUGGGGCAAAAUCAAAUUAAUCAAAACGUAAACCAAAUGGGACAAAAUCAAAUGAAUCAAAACGUAAACCAAAUGGGACAAAAUGUUAACCAGAUCUUGCCAAAUGGUAAUCAGUUUGGGCCAGGAAUGAACCAGUUUCCCCGUAUGAUGGGGCAACCCAGGCUGAUGGCUCCCCCGCCUGGAAUGAAUAUGCAGAGACAAAAUUUCAAUACAAGUAUGGGCCAAUAUAAUCCUAAUUUUCGUGCUCCAACAAUUCAACAAUCAAAGCCAACAGAGCAACCAUUAAACCAGAACGUGAUUAUGAAUCAACAAUUAAUUCAGCAACAACAAAUAAAAACACAAUCACCACUCAACAACAUAAAACAGCAACCGAAUCAGAAUCAAAAAUUGCAGACUCAAAAUCCGAAAUUGACGUCCAAAGUGGACCCCAAAAUGCAGAAGAGUCGCGUCUACACAUCGAAUAAUAACAAGUCUCAAUCUCAGAAUUUGACGUCUCAAAAUUUAGUUCAGUUGAUUCAGAAUACUCAUCCCAUGCUGCAGUAUAACAACAGUUUUCAUAACGCCAGUCACCAUCCCAUGUUGAAUAACAGAAACGUGUUUGGUAAUCAAUUUAUGAACAACAAUAUGGUAUUCAAUAAUCAAAGAAAUAAUGGCACAUUCAGCAAUAACAGGCAUAUGAAUGGAGAUGAGGGCAGCUCCAGUGAUGAUGAAUACGCUGGCCUCAUGACUCAGAGGGAGAAGCAGUGGCUUAUCAACAUCCAGAUGCUCCAGCUGAACACUGGCACGCCGUAUAUACACGACUUUUAUUAUACUGUGUUCCUCGAAAGGCAGGCAAAUAAGGAAAAGGAGAGUGAGGCCCAUAAGGCUAAUCAGCAGAACCAUCCUUUCUACAGCGGUGGCGUGAAGCAGGAGAGCCACGGGCACGGGCGCGAGCGGCACAACUCGCUGCGGCACAGUUCCGGCGGCGACGAGCCCGCGCCGCGUGCAUACGUGCCUGCACAGUUCGAGAACUCGCUCGGCAAGCUGCAGUGCGGCAGCGUGACGGCGCCGCGCAAGAUCAUCGACGUAGAGGUGGUGGCCGCUGACGGCCCGCCCGGCUCUCGCGCUCCCAGCAGGGCGUCCACCCUCAACCACAACCACAACCCUGCUGAGGUGCCGCGAGAGUUGAAGAGGACGAAGCAAUUAUUAUUGGACAUUGAAUCUUUAUAUUUAGUGCUGCUUAGGUUAGAAGAAUUGAACGAUCCACUGGCGAUAUCCAACGCGCUCAUAAUGAAGGAAAGAGAAGAGAAACAGAAGCAGCUAGAGGCAGCGCAGAAGGAGGCCGAGAACGAGCAAGAGGAGGACUCGAACGUGUUCCUCAGGAACAUCGAGUCUGUACAGCGGAGGCCCAAACAGGACAGUCCCAAGAGCGAGAGUAUCGAUAAGAGACAGGUGGUAAAUUUAGCAGUGAAUCAGAAACCGACUCCUGUGAAGAACCUUCUGGACGAGGAUAAGGAUGAACUUAUGAAUAAGAUGUUCGCUGGGCUGCUCCACGGGGAUAGACUGGCUCAAAUGCUCACCGUAAGGAAGGGCAGGGCGCUGGUGCGGCGGUUCGCGGCGCGCGCGUGGCCGCACGCGCGCUGCCGCGUGCUGUGGGCGCGAGUGCUGCGCGCGCUGCCCGCCGCCGCGCGCCGCGCCGACGCCGGCCUCGCGCCGCUCGCGCCGCACUACCGCCGAUAUAUACAAAACCAGACUGGCUGGUCGGCCGUCUUGGAGUCGAGCAGUUUGCUAUCGGAAGCGCUGGAUCCAGCAAGAACACCAUACGCCCUCACUACAGCCUUUACGCUGAGCUGCGUGUGCGCCCUCGUCGAGAAGGCGUCCACCCUCGUCAAUACUCCGGAGGCGACGUCCUACGAGCGGCAAUGGUAUAAAUUCCUGAAAACCGUGGCGAGGUCCCUGAAAAACACAACACUUACUGUCGCCAAACCGGUAAAUCCCCUGCCAGAGACAAAACUCGUGUACCACUUGAGGCAGCUCGAGUCUAGAAGUACCAUAGAGAUCCUGCAGAGGGGGAAAACCGCGGCGGAGUUCGCGGAUCUGACGAAAAAUGAUGUCUCCGAACAGUUAGUUAAGCAUCUGUGUUGAUGACUAAUUGUUAGAUAAAUACUGGCCACAUCGACGGUGGUAACUUGACUAGAAUAUGAAGAUUGGCCAAUUUGCAUGUUGGCCAUAUUAAUCUGAUACUUGGUAAGUAGGUAUUGACUAGAUUGGUUAUGGCCAUGGUCAAACGUUGGCCGCUUUUUCUACCGAUUUGACAUUAACUGGCCACUUUUUUUUUUAUUUCAAUAUCUGACCAUUUUUGUCAUUUGUCUCUCACGGUUUGGACUUGUCGUUGACUGGUUAUUGGACAAUUGGCCGACCGACUUGGAUAGUUGUAGAUACUGAUUUUGUAUUAUAAUUUGUAUGAAGUAAAAAUUUCUGCCUUAGUUGUAAUCGAUUAAAUAAUUCGAUUCGAAUAAUCGGUUCGGGUGUAUUUGUAAUAUAGUUUCAAUAAAUUCAAAUGUCCACGGCCGAUUUACCUGUUUUACCGAUUUCUGUGUAUGUGAAUUCAAUCUUAGUUAUCGAGUUUGUAGAUAAUGGUUUGGCCUAUGUGUAGUUUGGUCAAACGUUUGAACAAAUAUUGGGGGUUAGGGGGGGGGGGGGGGAUUUGUCUACUUUUUUUAUCGACUGAAAUCAAAAUGAAAACUAUUAGCAAUGAUAAAAGUGUGUAUAAAGCAAUUUCUUUUUUUUUUUUAAAUGUCUAAUUCAUGUCAUCUUUAUUGGAUUUGUAAAAAAUAAAAAAAAUAUAAAAAAGCCAAUAUUAUUAUCUAGGACGUCAUUUGUUAAAAAUCUCAUUGCGCGAAAUGGCACAAGCGAAAGUACGUUACGUAUUUUUAUUUCUUUUUAUCAAGUAUAUAAAGAGGAUGGUCAAAAUAGGCGUUGUUUUCUAAAUAUAUAAUGUAUAAUUAUAUUGGUUAUGUAUAAAACGUAGUUCUCAAUGUAUAUUGUAUGUAUAUUUAAUUAAUUAGGAACCUGAGCAAUCGACUAUUAAUAAACAUUAAAGUAACAUUAAAACAUUUUUCUUUUCAACCCCUCCCUUGUUAAAUUUUUGUAUAGUAAAAAAAAAGACUAAUAUUUGUUAAAGAGUCAAAAAAUAUUAUAAAUAGUUUUUCACCUUUCAAUUUAUACGUACUUAUAAUGGAUUUUAUAUAAUAAAAAAAAAAAAAUUAAAAAAAAAGGUAAAAAAAAAUUAUAGAUUUGUAUUUUCAAGUAAUUGGACAUCUUUCCAUUUUUAUAUAAAAAGUUAACACAUUUAAUUCCAGGUUUAUGACUUGAAAAUAUUUCUAUGCUAUAUUUUAGGAAUUAAAUAUAAAGAAACGCUAUGAAUUUAUCUAGAUAGCUGUAAUUAUUGUCCGCCAUUUUGACAUGACUAUAUGAAGCUGAAAAAUGGCGGGAAAGCUUAAUUUUUUUUCUUUUUUUUUAAGUAAAACCACGUAGUCGAUUGCUCAGACCAUUCUUAUACGUUUAGUAUUGUCAUUCUGAUAUUAGUUUAGUAUAGAAUGACGUAAGUAAUGUUGCUUCUGAAUGAGUCUGAUUCAAUGUAACUAUGUCAUGAAUGUUAAGGUAAGCAUUCUGAAAGUAGCGAUAAUCUAUAGAGAUAGACAAUGGUGAUUUGUCGCCCCGUGAAAGCAGCAUAACCGAUUUUUAUUACAUAUUUGAGCUUUUACGCAGGUCUUAAGGCGACAAACUGGACGACCAGUCGACGUGAACCACAGUCUGUCUCUUUAUAUUCUUGCUGUGUUCGGAACGUCAACUUUUCAGAUGAGUUUCAAUUUAUAACGUUUCGUUUAAUCAUAAUAUUCAGAUAAUAAAUACCGAAGUAGUAUAUUUGCAAGGUAGCACGCGCAGAAUGUGUUGAAUAGCCGCGUUGUAGACUGACACGAGUUACUAAACUAUUUUUGUAAUAAAAACAUAUUUUGUUUGACCGAAUUUAGCGACAAGGGGCUUGUGCAUAACCGCUAACAUUGAUUACCUAGCUUGAUCGCUCAACAGCUCAAAGUCCUUAACCUAGAAAAAAAAAAAAAAACUGUCACAUCAUAUUUAUGUAGGUGUAUUUUGUAUUGGUUCCUGAUAUUCAUACCAGUUGUAAGUUAUCCCAAAGUGAAAGAUAUUCUUUUGGGACAACCGAAAUCGUACGUAGUGUAAAAGCCAGUGUUGCCAUGUACAACCACAGUUUUAAUCGAAAAUAUUCAUAUAUGGCAACGCUGGCACUUUAAAUCUAUUAUUUAAUCAUUCAUUUAUUGUAAAUAAUAAGAACAGAAAUAAAAAAAAAAAAGUUUUAUUCAUUUAGUUAGUUGUGUAAUUUAAUAUAAAAUGCUUUUUAAUUAUUUAACUAAAGCGGUCGUUACUAUAUUAGUAAAAAAUAAAAAAAAAAUCCAUAGAAUUUAAAAAAAUAUGGAGGUAUAUGUUUCAAUCCAUAAAAAUUCUUGGAUGUACAUUAUUAUAUGUUAAUUGUGGCAAGAGAAAUCACUUAUAGCUUGCGCGUUCGACUACAUUUUGAGGAUUGGUUUUUUCGAUGUUCAAUUAUGUUUUUUUUUUUUUAGAUAUUGACUGUGAUCGGCUAUGUUUUUAAAUUAAUAAAGUGCACGCGUGCUGCACUGCGAUCUCGUUUGUGAUAUCUGUGCAAAAAAACCAGUCCUCACUUUAAAAAAAAAAAAGAUAAUGUUAAAUAUUGUCUAUAAGUUAUAUCGAAUCUAUGAAUUUAAUUGCAGUUUUUAGGCAUUUUGCGUGUACGUUAUACUAAAGUUCUGCCAUACAUUAUGAUGUGGGUCCCUUACGUUCUCUACACUACGUUUUUCCUUCGCCCUUUUAGAAUAAAAGUAAUUAAUUACUUUACAAGUAAUAUUAUUUAUAAUAGCAUAUAAUGACUUUACAGCGGAGUUUUAUAUUUCUAAUACAUUAUAGUUGCGUCUUAUGUACUAUAGAGAGCUAUUCGCAGACUUUGGUCUUUUUUUAAGAGGUGUAAAACAUUGGUUAGGUUUUUAAAGAUUGUAAUAUGACUAUAGGCCGGAUAAUUUCGUGUUUCACGAAGCAAAGAAAGCUGUAUAAUUGCUUCUUUGCCUGUAUUUGUUUUUUAUUAGUUUACUAGCUGUCGUUUAAAUUAAAUAAUACGUUUGUGCGUAUGCGAUAUCUGUAUAUGUACAUUAAUGAGAUUGCCAGAAUUUUGUGGCAUCUAUUUUUUAUUCUUCCAUGAUGGAAAAUUUUAUUACGUCAUUGUUGUUUCGUACCCACGUAACAUAUUCCACACUAACAUGUUAUGCGCAAUUUGUAUUGAUAGAGGAUUUUGUACAUAAUGCAAGUGACUUGUAUGCAAGUUGCUUGUAACUUGUAUAUUAAAAACAAUUGGCUUGCAAGUUGUAUGUUUACGUAGGUUAAUUGCUCGCGAGUUUACAAGUUCUGCUUGCAUUCAAAUUGCUUGCAUUUGGAUACAAGUCGCAAGAAAUUCUAGAAUUUUCGAUUUACAUAGAAAUUUUGUAAUUUGUGAAAAUAAUAAAAUUUUUGUCAUGUUA